CGUGCCACACCGAUAGUAUCGGCCAGAGGGCCACACUUCCCCCAUCUCUAAAACGCUGGCGUUUCACGAAAUGGUUUACAUUUUGAAUUUAAGCAAAUUACGGCCAAACACGUAACCAGUGGUGGUCAGUGGAAGCUGGAGCAGGCAGCCAGGCAAUCGACCUCUGCACUCCAACCGGCGCACAAGCCCAUCGAACUUCCAGCGUAUCCGUUGAGCGUGUAACACAUCCGCAAUUCGAUUUGCACACACAGAUUCGAUCCGAUUCCAAAUCCAAAUCCAAAUCAGAAUCCGAAUUGCCGAGAAUCGGCGAAAUCUGCCAGCUUGGCGGUCGCUGGAGUGUGACGUGUGACCAGCGACUGCUAGUCAUACAUAUUCAGUAGAUGCCGAGGUAUCCAGCUGGGCCCGUGCCCGUGCCCGAUGCUGGACACGCUUGUUGGACACGGCUGCUCGACACGGGUGCUCGGCUGUAGAGGAAGGGCAGCCGAGGGCUUCCAAUCCCACCGAAUCCGUAUCCAAAUCCGAUCGCCAAUGCCGCUGCAGCGGUAGGGACGCACCGCAGCAGACGCCCACCACCAGCACCAACGGCACCACCUAAGCCACAUACACCCACCAAUUCCCCCCCAAGAAGAUGCGAACGCGCAAGGUGCUGUUGGUAAUUGGGUUUCUGGUUACGUGGACCUAUGCCACCUACUACCUGCUGUUGCGCCAGACGGGCAUCCACACCAGCCGGCAUCAGGCGCUGCAGGCCUACAGGCUCAACUCACAGGCCCGCGACGCCAGUCUGCAGAGCCACCAUCUGGCCAAGAACGUGUUUGAGUUCGUCAAGCUAAAGUACUUGGCGAAGCAACCGCCGCCAGUGGCAUCCACGCCGCAGAUCAGCAUCGUGGCCGCCGAAAUCUCGGCGGAGCUGCCCGAACAGCAUGUGGCCAAGGUGGCCCCGGCGCGCAUUCCAACGAAAACAUAUCUGGCCAAUGGCGAGCCCGUCUUUCCAGUCCUGGUCUUCGCCUGCAAUCGGGUGUCGGUGAAGAAGUGCAUCGACAACUUGGUUCAGUACAGGCCCAGCGUUGAGCAGUUCCCAAUUAUCGUGUCCCAGGACUGCGGCGACGAGCCCACCAAGGAGACAAUUCUCUCGUAUGGCAAGCAGGUCACACUCAUCGAGCAGCCUGAUCUCAGCGACAUCACCGUGCUGCCGAAGGAGAAGAAGUUCAAGGGCUACUACAAGAUAGCCAGACACUACGGAUGGGCCUUGAACACCACCUUCGCCGUGGGCUUCGAGUUCGUCAUAAUCGUCGAGGACGAUCUGAACGUGGCGCCCGACUUCUUCGAGUACUUCCUGGGCACGCACAAGCUGCUCAAGCAGGACCCCAGCCUGUGGUGCGUGUCCGCGUGGAAUGACAACGGCAAGGCUGCUGUUGUGGACGCUGCACAGCCGGAGCUGCUCUACCGCACCGACUUCUUCCCCGGUCUCGGCUGGAUGCUCACCAAAGAGCUGUGGGCCGAGCUCUCGGUCAAAUGGCCCAAAUCCUUCUGGGAUGAUUGGAUACGUCAUCCCGCCCAGCGCAAAGAUCGCGUGUGCAUCAGGCCCGAAAUAUCGCGCACUCGCACGUUUGGAAAAAUAGGCGUAUCCAACGGUUUGUUCUUCGAUAAGUAUCUGAAGCACAUUAAACUGAGCGAGGACUUUGUGCAGUUUACUAAAAUGAAUAUGAGCUACUUGCUGAAGGACAAUUACGAUAACACGUUUCUGCGGCGCGUUUAUACGUAUCCUAUUGUUACGUACGACGAGCUGCGGCGAAACCUGAUCAGAAUUGAGGGUCCAGUUCGCAUUCAAUACACUACAAGGGAGCAGUACAAGCGGACAACUAAGAUGCUGGGGCUCAUGGAUGAUUUCAAGAGUGGUGUUCCCCGGACAGCCUACCAUGGCAUCGUCUCCUUCUAUUACAACAAACGCCGCGUGCACUUGGCACCCAACGCCAACUGGAAGGGCUACGAGCUCUCUUGGAGCUAACGACGCUAAGGACGGAAUACCGCCAGCUCCACCUCCAUUACCACGCAGCGAGCUCCGUGUGCUUGUAAUACCAAAAAAUAGCCCUAU